UUUCAAAAUAGUUUAAAAUACUUUUAUCUUCAAUUUUUAUAAUUCUAUUGAAGUUUAUUAUUAUUAUUUUUAUUUUUUUUUACUAACAAAAUGUUUUAUACAACAGUUUAAUUUUCAAUUGUGGCCUACACAGGAAAUGCUUGUGUAACAAACCAGAACGGUGAACUCUAAAAUAUAAUAUUAUCUUAAAUGAUAUAAUAUCAGUCAUGUCAUUGCAGGAGCGCUUGCAUCAACAAAUGUUCAUUUUUAAAGUACUGUACCUAAGAUUGAUAAAAUAACAAAUAAAUGAUGAAAUUUUAUAUGUAAUUGUUAAAUAUAUAACACUAGUCAGUAUGCCGGACCUUCAUGCACAGAAUAUUUCUUUCGUGAACUUCAAACUGAGUGGUUUCCAUGAUUUAGGAGAAUGGAGGCCUUUUCUGUUCAUUCCUUAUUUCCUCAUGUUUUUACUGUCUACCUCUUCAAAUUCUAUUCUCAUAUAUUUGACUAUAACUCAGAAAGCUCUGCACUCUCCUAUGUGUAUAAUGAUCGGUCUGAUGGCUGUUGUAGACCUGAGCCUGCCAAUAUUUUUUGUACCAAACAUGCUACUCAGCUUCUUACUUAACUGGAAUGAAAUUUCACUUGCUGGCUGUUUAAUACAGAUGUUUUGCCUUCUAUAUGUGGGUACAUUUCAGUCUACUUUACUGGUAUGGAUGGCUGUGGAUCGGUUCUUUGCUAUAUGUAAGCCUCUUUAUUAUCACAAGUAUAUGCAAAUGCCCAACUUUCUGAAGUACAUUAUUGUGCCAGUAAUCAGAAAUAUAAUCCUAAUUGUUGCGAUUGUGUCUUCAGCUGGAAAACUGUCUUUCUGUGCAUCAAAUGUGAUAGAUCACUGUUUUUGUGAACAUAUGGCUGUGGUCCAGCUGGCAUGUGGAGACAUUUCUGUAAAUAACUUGAUAGGACUUGUUGCAACUUUUCUGAUACCAACUGGAGACUUCAUUUUCAUUACUCUCUCUUAUUUAUAUAUACUUGGAUCUGUGCUAAAGUCUGGGAAGUCUCACUUAAAAGCUAUUAACACUUGUAUCACACAUAUAAUUGUUAUGACCUUUACUUUAACUUUUGCUUUGAUUGCCUUCUUGUCUUACAGAGUAAAAAAUAAUUUCUCCUCCAGUGCUCGAGUCUUUCUGAGCACAAUGUACCUGCUUUUUCCAAGCUGUUUCAACCCGAUUAUUUAUGGAGUGAGAACAAAAGAAAUAAGAGAACAGUUUUUAAAAUUUAUGAAACAUGUAAAUGUGUUACCAAAAUGCAUUAAUAAUGAAGCUUGAUGCUUUGUUAUGUUGGCAUAAUUGUCACUGUUUUAAUAUACACAUCACACUUCUCAGUGGUUUGGCUUGUGAGAGCCCCUCCUAACUGAGACACUUUCUGUUGAAGGUUAUA